GGAGAUUCGAAUAGUCUUCACGCAGCAGCUGGGCCUGCUGCCGUCCCCGCGUCCUCCUCGCCAUGGACAACCCGGAAAAUGUAUUUCAAAUGUUUGAGGCCCAUAUGCGAAACUACAAAGGCAGUGACCCACUUGGAGAAUGGGAAAGCUACUUGCAGUGGAUAGAAGAGAAUUUUCCUGAUAAUAAAGACUACUUGAUAACGUCAUUAGAACAUUUAGUGAAGGAAUUUUUAGAUGUGAAGAGAUACCACAAUGACCCAAGAUUCAUCAAUUAUUGCUUAAAAUUUGCUGAGUACAACAAUGACCUCCAUCAGUUUUUUGAGUUUCUGUACAACCAGGGAAUUGGAACCCUGUCAUCUCCUCUGUACAUUUUCUGGGCUGGACAUCUAGAAGCCCUGGGAGAACUGCAGCAUGCCAGUGCUGUUUUUCGGAGAGGAAUUCAGAACCAAGCUGAACCUAGAGAACUACUGCAACAACAGUACAGGUUCUUUCAGGCUCGCCUUACUGAAACACGUUUGCCAGCUCAAGCUGGCACCUCAGAACCUCUGCAAAAUGCCCAGAUUUUAAACCAAGCAAUAGCAUCAAAAUCAAAUCCAGAAAAAAACCCAGCCUAUGUUUCUAAGAGUCAGAGUUCUGAGGUCUCUGGAGCAAUAUCUUCAGCUGGUAACAAAGAGCCAAAUAUGGUACUCAUGAUUUCUAAAUCAGAAUGCUCUACACACUCAUCUUCGGCAGCCAGCGCUGAUGUGCAGCAGGUCGUUAUGUACUGCAAGGAGAAGCUUAUUCGUGGAGACACAGAAUUUUCCUUUGAGGAGCUGAGAGCCCAGAAAUAUAAUCAACGAAGGAAGCAUGAACAAUGGGUAAAUGAAGACAAACAUUAUAUGAAGAGCAAGGAGGCUAGUGCUUUUGAAGAACAGUUAUUAAAAAAGAAAAUGGAUGAGCUUCACAAAAAAUUGCACCAAGUCGGGGAGCCAUCCUACCAGGACCCCUCUGCUUUUCCAGAAAGGUCUGAGGUCAUUCCAGCAUGUAUGGGGCCAAGUGUAGACUUCCAGCGGGAAGUGAGAGCUCCAAAUCUUCCAGCCAUCAGUCAUCAGUCCUUAAAGAACUCAGAGAACCCUAAAGAGCCACUACCUGUUGUCCCUCUUGCAGCAAAUACUAUUACUGCUACUUUGGUGUCCCCAGCCAUCAGCCAGAGUGUAGCUCCUCCUGUUCCUUUAAAGGCCCAGUCAAUGACAGACUCCAGAUGUAUGAAUCAGACUACUCAUGAGUUCAAGCCACAGAUUGGGACUGAAAUGAAAGAAGCAUGUGAAAUACAGAAGGUAGCUAGUGUAAGUUCAUUUCACACAACUCCGAACACCUCACUAGGAAUGGUUCAAGCAACACCAUCCAAAGUGCAGCCGUCACCCACUGUGCAUACCAAGGAAGCAUUAGGUUUCAUCAUGAACAUAUUUCAGGCUCCUACAAUUCCUGACGUUUUUGAUGACAAAGAUGAAUGGACAUCACUAGAUCAAAAUGAAGAUGAAUUUGAAGCCCAGUUUCAAAAAAAUGCAACGUCUUCUGGAACUUGGGGGAUCAAUAAGAUUAUGUCUUUGUCAUCUGCUAUCCCUAUUUUUGAAGAUGGAAACCAAGAAAAUUAUGGAUUACCACAGCCUAAAAAUAAGCCUCCAGGAUCCAGGACCUUCGGGGAACGCUCUGUUAGCAGAUUUCCUUCAAAACAAAAUGAAAUGCCUCACACUGAAGAGUUUUUAGAUGAUUCAACCAUCUGGGGUACUCGCUGCAACAAAACCCUUGCACCCAGUCCUAAGAGCACCAGAGAUUUUACACCUGCUGCCCAACUUGUAUCUACACCGUUCCAUAAGCUUCCAGCAGACUCAGAGCACAUGCUAGAAGAUAAAGAAAAUAUGGUGACAACACAGGGUACAUGUGCAACUUUAACCUCUCAUGAAGAAAAGAGGGUACAGCCUCCUAAAGACAGAAAAUUCGGUGUAAUUCAAGACAAAAGUCCAGUACAAACAUUCCUGCCUGACAUGACUUCAGCAUCUGUACAUCAGCCUCGCCAACCUGCUAUGGGUGAUGUGCUCACCCAUAAGGCAGUGGGGGUCCUUGAGGCUCUAAAACAUAGAGGCAGUGACCUUGACAUCAUGGAGCACACAUCAGAUGCCAGCCCUGCACUUCAAGCACAAUGGACACAGAUUAGUUCACUUGGGAAUGUCAAUGCUGCAAAGUUUACAGUUGAAAACCCAUGGGAUAAUGACUUGAUUCUUAAGCUUUUAUCUGGACUUUCUAAACCAGUGAGUUCAUAUCCAAAUACUUUUGAGCACCAGUAUAAACUUCCAACCAUCAAGCCUAAAACUGAAUUCCAAUUAGGUCCUUCGCUGGUGUAUGUCAAUUGCCUUCUUGGAGAAGGAGCUUUUGCCCAGGUCUAUGAAGCUACCCUUGGAGAUGUGAAUGAGGUGAAAAAUAAGCAGAAAUGUAUUUUAAAGGUCCAGAAGCCUGCCAACCCCUGGGAAUUCUACAUUGGGACCCAGCUAAUGGAGAGACUCAAGCCAACCAUGGAAUACAUGUUUAUCAAGUUCUAUUCUGCCCACUUAUUCCAAAAUGGCAGCAUAUUAGUAGGAGAGCUCUACAGCUAUGGAACAUUAUUAAAUGCCAUUAACCUCUAUAAAAAUACCCCUGAAAAAGUGAUGCCGCAGGCUAUCGUCAUCUCUUUCGCUAUCAAAAUGCUCCACAUGAUUGAACAAAUUCACAGCUGUGAGAUCAUUCAUGGAGACGUUAAACCAGACAAUUUCAUCCUGGGAAACAGAUUUUUGAAACAGGAUGAUGAUGAUGAUUUAGCUGCUGGCUUGGCACUGAUUGACCUGGGUCAGAGUAUCGAUAUGAGACUUUUUCCAAAAGGAACUACAUUUACAGCCAAGUGUGAAACUUCUGGUUUUCAGUGUACAGAAAUGCUCAGUAGCAAACCAUGGAACUACCAGAUUGAUUACUUUGGCGUUGCCGCAACAGUAUACUGCAUGCUUUUUGGCACUUACAUGAGAGUGAAAAAUGUAGGAGGUGUCUGGAAGCCUGAAGGUCUUUUUAGAAGGCUUCCUCAUCUGGAGAUGUGGGAGGAGUUUUUCCACACCAUGUUGAAUAUACCAGACUGCGACCAUCUCCCAUCUUUGGAUUUGUUAAGGCAGAAGCUGAAGAACCAGUUUCAACAGCACUAUUCAAGCAAGAUCCGAACCCUGCGUAACAGGCUAAUUGUGCUGCUCAUGGACUAUAAACGUUUGAGAAAGUGAAAUGCAGAUGGGGACACUCUCCAGAAGACACUGUGUAAAGACUGAUUUUUUUAAUGUGUUUGUUACAAAUAAAGUCCAUAAAACAGA